AUAUGUGAACCGUUCUUUAUGUGCGACAACAAACAAACACUGAAACGUAUACGUUGCAAAAAAACCUGUAUUAAUACCUCUUCACUCAACUCACCUCUCUUCAUCAAACCCAAAAACCUUCAGCUUUAAUGGCGAUUGAGAUCUGUGUCAAAGCUGCUACUGGUGCCCCUGAUGUUCUCGGAGACUGUCCAUUUUGCCAAAGGGUACUUUUGACUCUGGAAGAGAAGAAAGUUUCUUACAAAACCCAUCUCAUAAAUCUUGACAGCAAGCCAGAAUGGUUUCUUGAAGUGAACCCAGAUGGGAAAGUUCCUUUGAUAAAGUUUGAUGAGAAAUGGGUGUCUGAUUCUGAUGUUAUUGUGGGUUUGAUUGAAGAGAAGUAUCCUGAACCUUCUCUUAUUACUCCCCCUGAACUUGCCUCUGUGGGGUCAAAGAUUUUCCCAAAGUUUGUGGGAUUCUUGAAGAGUAAGGAUGAGAAUGAUGGGACUGAACAGGCUUUGCUUGAUGAACUGAAUGCAUUGGAAGAACACCUCAAGAACAAGGGCCCUUACGUUAACGGAGAAAAGGUCACAGCCGUUGAUUUGAGUUUGGCGCCAAAGCUGUACCACCUUAAGGUGGCUCUUGGUCAUUUCAAGAAGUGGAGUGUUCCAGAAAGUCUGACUCAUGUGCAUAACUACAUAAAGUCGCUCUUCUCUAGGGAGUCGUUUGAGAAAACAAAACCUGCUAAAGAAGAAUAUGUGAUUGCUGGAUGGGCGCCAAAGGUUAAUAAUGCAUGAAGUUGUCCCAAACUAUAGCCUUAACAACUCGCGUUAUCAUAUGAAUGUAAUAUGUUACGUCAUGCACCAUAUGUUUUUUUCAUGUGUUACUAGUGCAUAAACAUUUUGAUGGUGCUAUAUACUAAUGUGUGAAGGAGUCUUGUUAAAGUUUUAAUUGCGAAAGUUGGUGGUUGUUACUUAUGACUUAUA